AUGGGGUCUAUCACUUAUCUAAGUGUCUUCCUGGCCAGUUUCCUGGUUUCAAGCUCUCUUGUGGGAGCAGUUAAGGCUGACACUUGUGCCAGGGAGUGGCUGCAAUACCAGGGCAACUGUUAUGGCUAUUUUGAAGCUAAGAUGACCUGGGAAGAAGCUGAGAUCGAAUGCCAGAGUUACCACCGUGGGGCACACCUUGCCUCUAUCCUCACUGUUGCAGAGACUCUUGUGGUGGCUGACCACAUCUUUGCUUACCAGACGGAACCCAGCAAUGUGUGGAUUGGACUGCAUGAUAUCCGACAUAACGGCAAGUGGAGGUGGUCAGAUGAGUCUACCUACAACUAUAAAGCAUGGAUGCUGGGGGCACCCAACAAACGGGGUGAAAAUAAAUAUUGCGUGGAGCUGCUGCGUUCUGUGAAUUUUUCAAAAUGGAAUGAUGCGGCAUGCCACAAACAGAAUGCCUACAUCUGCAAGCAUGAGCUGUAG